ACCUCAUCCGGAGGAAGUGGAGCGUAGACAGUUCGGCUAACUCCGUAAGAAAAGGAAAAAAAUAGAAAAAAACGAAGGAACGAAAACUCGUUGAAUUUCUUCACUUGAGUGUUUUUCGGAGCGACUUCACAAACUCUCCCGAGCGGAGGAAAUCCCCUGGGCGAGGGGAACCAAACUCUCCACCACUGGGAAUGAUGGAGGAUUCCCAUUUUAACUCCUACUUCUGGUCUCCAGUGCAAGGACAGAUUGAGAAUGCUGUGUUUCUAAACAAGGUGAAGGAGCAGCUGGGCCAACAGGACAAAAACCCUGCCUACCCACAUGGCUCCUCCCACUACCCCACCACAGCAGUGGUGGCAGUUGCUGGAGGCGUGGCCAUGGAUGCAGCAGCUGGGGGGCGGGCGCUGAAGCAGGAACAGGCACAUCCGCCCCAUUCCUCACACAGCAUCACGGUGGUGCCCGUACCGUCCACCGGAAUCAUGACAGCUGCGGGAUUAGUCACUCUGGUGUCUCCGGUAUCCUCCGCUCCAUCUCUUAUCCCCGGGCAUCCAACAACUACUAUGAUAACAGUACACACAGAUAAGAAAGAGGAUGCCAUGUCCUGCUCCCCUGUUGUCAUCCCGUUACCAUCGAAGCGAGGGAGGAAGAAGAAAUCCACACUCCCAUUGGUGGGCUCUCCGACAGGAAGUGACACCAUGAUGCUGGGUCACCUGGCCGGACAGCAUCAUCCGGCCGACCCCUACGACCUCUCUGCUGAUGAAGGACCUGCUGGAAAGGAGGGAGCAAAGACGUACAGGUGCCGGAUGUGCGGCCUGACGUUCUGCAAUAAGUCAGACAUGCAGCUGCAUUCCAAGUCACACACGGAGGUGAAGGCGCACCAGUGCCCACACUGCUCCAAAUCCUUCGCUAACUCCAGCUACCUGGCGCAGCACAUCCGCAUCCACAGCGGCGCUAAGCCCUACAUCUGCUCCUACUGCCAGAAGGCAUUCAGGCAGCUCAGUCACUUACAGCAGCACACACGAAACCACACUGAAUCCAAACCCCAUAAGUGUCCGCACUGCUCGAAGUCAUUUGCCAACACCAGUUAUUUGGCCCAACACGUGCGGAUCCACACCGGAGUGAAACCAUACACCUGCUCUUACUGCCAGAAGACAUUCAGGCAACUCAGCCACCUACAGCAGCAUCACAGAAUCCACACAGGAGACCGGCCGUAUAAGUGCACCCAUCCAGGCUGUGAGAAGGCCUUCACUCAGCUCUCAAAUCUUCAGUCUCACCGUCGCCAACACAACAAAGACAAGCCAUUCAAGUGCCACCACUGUAACCGUGGCUAUACGGACUCCGCGAGCCUCGAGGUUCAUCUCUCAACCCAUACGGUGAAACAUGCAAAGCUGUACUCCUGCGGCCUAUGCAAUCGCACGUACACUUCGGAAACGUACCUGAUAAAGCACAUGCGGAAGCACUCGCCAGACCUGGUACCCACUCCACCAACAUCAGCUCAGCAGGGCCAUAGUCCUGCAGGAGGAGGAAGUGCAGAAGGAGCUGCAGCAAGUCGUGCCGAGAGAACCAGCGCUUACCCACAGCCAGAGGGAGUGCCAUGCGUAUUUGACCUGCAGCAGUACAAACCAGUGACAGCACCAGAUGUUUCAUACAAAACAGUCAGCGUGUCUGAUCUGUCCUCUCAUAAAGACCUGUGCAUCACAGUGGAGGCUUCGGCCAUACAGGUGGAACACCUCAGCUCGUGAGGUAGGAGAGGCCUAUGGGAAGAAAAAAAAAAAAAAGUGAGCACAGACUCUAUAAACAGACGUGGUGCAGCGGAAAGGAAUUAAGUGAUGUGCUCGUACAUGACCUCUCCAGGUACGAGAGGCCUACCUAAAGUAGGGAUUAAAAAUAAUCAAAAGGACUGAUUGAAAUUAAAUAUGCUGAUGGAAAGGAAUUUCCUACUAGGCCUGCUCAUGUCCACUGAAACAAGGACAAAAUGAAAUAUUUAGAAAAUGCCUUUUUUUUUUCCUUUUUUUUUUUUUAAACUUUCUCGGUUCUUCAGAUAUCCCGCUCUUCCUGAUUCCCAUCUAUGGCUAGACCUUUUGAAAGAUUUUAUUUAAUACAGUGGUUGUCAUCUGUAGAUAUUUCUAUCUACUCGUACACUACGAAAUUUACACUUGCUCUUAAUGGACAGUAUAUGAACAUCUUCGAUAAUGUUGCGCAAUAUGCAUGUGAUAUUUUGCCCUUAAAAGUUUAAAAAGGGGGAAAAAAAGUUUGCAAUUAGGUUGGGGGAAAAAUGUAUAUCUGAUUAUCUAGUAUAUUGUGUGUAUGUGUGCAAGUUAAAGGAUGCUUUAAAUAGUGGUUUAAAAAAAGAAAAAAAAAACAACAAAAAAAACAGCAAAAAGAGGACAUCGAGCAUCAGCAGCAGCCAGUCACAAGCUCUCCGAGUUCUGGCAUGAACUUUCAUAAUCCUCUUCACUCUUCAUUUGUGUGGAUGAUGUAAUACGCUCAACUGUUGUUAGUCUCCUGCUACUCUAUCUUAGUAUUAACUCUUGUAAUGGAUCCUACGCCCUAUCAUAGUCAUUAAUACGAUCAGAAUAGAAUGAAUUAUCCUUUGAAAACAAUAAAACGUAAAGUGUCUCAAA